AUGACGUUAGAAGCUGUGGUGUUACAAGCAGACAGAUAUAACUAUGGUUUCAAGGAUUUCCACGCCACAGGAGGAGGAGGAGGAGGAGGAGGAGGAGGAGGAGGAUCUUGGAGCCAUGGCUUUGGUUUUGGAGAAGAUCAUCAGGAAGAGAAAGUGUACACUGAUCAUCAUAUGCUCAACAAUGAUGUAGGUCAACAAGGUUUCAAUAACCUGAGUUUGGAAGCUUCAAUGCUGCAAAGUGUCAACGACUUUGAAACCAACAGUGGGCCGGCUUUCAAUCGUGUGUUCUCUUCAAUGGAAGCUCCGGCAGCUUCGACAGGCCGGAGAAAGAGACGGCGCAUCCAAAACAUCAAGAACAAGGAAGAUAUGGAGACUCAGAGGAUGACCCACAUUGCUGUUGAACGCAACCGGAGAAAACAAAUGAACGACUACCUUGCUGCGCUCCGAGCUAUGAUGCCUGCUUGCUACGCCCAAAGAGGGGACCAAGCUUCAAUCAUAGGUGGAGCUAUUAAUUUCGUGAAGGAGCUUGAGCAACUUUUGCAAUCUCUAGAGGGCCAUAGACGAACCGAGCAACAAUCAGAUCACUUGAAUUUAGCCUCAAUCUUCUCAAGCUUCUUCACCUUCCCUCAGUAUUCGACCUGCUUGAACAGCCAUGGCCAUGGCGUAUACAAUAGCUCAGUGCAUCCAAAUGAGUUAAUGGCCGAGAAGCGGUCUGCCAUUGCAGAUGUUGAAGUGACGAUGGUGGAAAGCCAUGCCAAUGUUAAAGUGCUUAUGAAAAAGCACCCCAGACAGCUUUUGAAGAUGGUGCUUGGUUUGCACUCCCUGGGCCUUAUGAUUCUUCACGUUAAUGUCACAACUGCGGAUAAUAUGAUCCUCUACACUUUCAGCGUCAAGGUUGAAGAUAACUCUCAGCUGACCUCGAUGAAUGAGAUUGCGGCUGAUGUGUAUGAAAUGGUGGGUAGGAUUCAAGAGGAAGCUCGGCUUUUAGCUCAAUAA